CGUAUGAAUCCAUACUAAAUAUAUAAAAAGCGGUGUUUUCUGAUAAACUAUCUGACCGGCAAACCAAUGAAUCAAAAUUGUUGGCUCCCACGUGUGUCCAACGGUUACCAGUUUUGCACAGGAAACUGUAUUUCCAAAAAACAAAAAGAGCCGACCACAACCCGACUGCGAGAAUACAAAGUGGUUGUCAAGGAUAUCCAGGAGAACCGAGCGUUCGAGCAGCAAUGCAAGCUCACCACUCGCCGAUUGCAAGUCCGAGCGUCAACACGCUUCAACGCGCUCGUUUGCAUAUAUACAUGAAUGUUAGUUUUGCUUGUUCGGGAGUGACAUACAGGGUGAACAUUGUAUUUUUUGCUCGAAUGAAAUAGUUUGGAUGCAUUUUUUUUUUGCAAGAUAAUUGCAAGUUUUUUUUGUGAAAUCAUUAGUUAAAGCAAAAACAUAUAGAUAUGAAUGAUACAAAACUACAGUCGUUACUGUUUGCCGUGUUAUCGUGUUUGCUCGAGGUCUCUUGUGUACUUUUUGAUUUUCGACCGCAACAGUUUGCAAUUGAGAGAUACAUAAGGAGCCGGGCUAGGCCUGCGAGCCGAUCACUUAAUCCGGUUACGGAGUUUAAUAAAGUCCUCGACUUCGUUGCUCUAGUCAAUCAAUUUGGCUACCCGGCAGAGGAACAUGUGCUGACAACCGUAGAUGGUUAUAUACUCCGUCUUCAUAGAAUACCCGGUAGUUCAAAAUCACCAAAAGCUAAAGGCAAACCUGUAGUUUAUUUUCAACAUGGGUUAUUGGCAUCGUCGGACACGUGGGUUCUUAUGGGCCCAAACAAAGAUUUUGCAUACAUCCUGGCCGACGCAGGAUAUGACGUGUGGUUUGGCAAUAUACGCGGCAACACCUAUUCACGCUCGCACGUCUUACUGUCGCCGGAUUACGAUGCUCAGUUUUGGGAAUUCAGCUGGCACGAGAUGGCGAUGUACGAUGUGAGCAUGAUAAUAGACUACAUCUUGGCGGAAACUGGCAGACAGAGACUAAUUUACAUUGGCCAUUCAAUGGGUACAACUAUGAGUUACGUACUAUUAUCCAUGAAGCCGGAAUAUAACAAGCGUAUUGAACUUGUUAUCAGUCUGGCACCGGUUGCAUUUUGGCAUGACCGUCCCAGCCCAUUUAUCAGGACGCUUAUCGAUAAUACACAGAUGAUCAAAACUUUCGUCUUGAGAGCACGAAUCCACGAAAUUUUUCCACUGACGAAGGCUAAUCCACGAAUCGCCAAGGCGAGUUGUACGGAUGAAAGUCCCCUACAACCAUUUUGUUUGGACCUUCUUUUCUUCAUGUCAGGCUAUAAUCCAAAUGGAUUAAACAAGACUUUAGUUCCUUAUAUAUUGUCAUAUUAUCCGGCUGGUGCAUCGACAAGAACUCUUAUCCACUUCAGUCAAAAUAUGCAGACAGGACAAUUUCAAAUGUAUGACGGUGGAUAUAUCAAUAACUUUAUGGUCUAUGGAUCGCAAAGACCGCCACUUUAUAAUUUAAGUAAUAUCGUAGCACCUGUGGCUCUAUUUUACGGCAAAGGAGACAAUAUAGUCGCAAACGGGGAUCCAUUAGAAUUAGCGGAAAAGCUACCAAACGUUAUUACUUGUGAAGCUGUGUCAGAUGAUAAUUUUACCCACUUUGAUUUUAUAUUUGGAAAUCAUUUGAAGACUUUAUUACUCGAUCGAUUGAUGGCAAUCAUAAGUAGUACGCUAAAACAUAAAAAUAGUACAUAAGUAAUAAUCCAAUAAGAAUGAAAAGACUUUAUGAGUGUAAAUAGUUCAGUGAUAUUUUGCUUUUGUAAAAAGAGGACACUCGUUAGUGUUGCUGUUUCUGUUGUACAGUAGGCUAUAUAUGUGAUUUAUUUAUACAUUUCAUACGGAAAAUAAAAUUGAAUAAUGUUUCAAGUGAUUACGUGUCAUGAAAAUUAGUUUUGAAUUAGCUACCUAUAAUUAAAAUGUACUUAUUUAAACUUAAAGUUCUAGUAGUUUUGAUUUUUUAUUGAUGAAGAAGAAUGUUGGUGAGUUAUCCCGAUACAAAUAUUGCAUUAAGAAGACGAUACAAGCUUCUACUGAACAACUUCACAUGACAGUGUAAUGCAAGUUCGUCGUUCGUCGAUUGCAAAUUCGAGCUAAAAUACAGUUUAUCGCCACUGUCUCUAUAUUCUUAUUGCUCUGAUGCUUUUAUUGUGCACAUUCAAGAUUAUCGAUUUAAAAUUCUCGACUUUUCCGUCAGCGA